AUGGCCUCUUACACUGCUUACAGUGGCUACGGUAAGCCGCCUCAAUCUUAUGUGGGCUCUGCCUAUACUGGCUAUGAUGAGAAGCAGCCACAGACCUAUGCAGAAUAUGAAGACUCUGUGUUGGCAGAAAAAAAUAGAAUUGAGAGAAAGAAACGUCGGGAAGCUAUCUGUUGUGAGGUAGUGGCCCUCAUCAUCGGUUUCAUUGGACUAAUCGGAGUGGCAGCUGUGACGGGUCUGCCUAUGUGGAAAGUAACAGCCUUCAUUGAGGAGAACAUCAUUGUCAUGGAGACCCGCUGGGAAGGAUUGUGGAUGAACUGCUACAGACAAGCCAACAUCAGGAUGCAGUGUAAGGUGUAUGACUCCCUGCUGUUUCUGCCCGCAGACCUUCAGGCUGCUAGAGGUCUGAUGUGCAGCUCUGUGGCCUUGAGCACCUUCGCCCUCAUUGUUUCAGCAGUGGGGAUGAAAUGUACCAAAGUGGUAGACCAUCGGGCUCGCACAAAGCAUAUCGUUCUUGUGGCAGGGGGCUGUCUGUUUCUGAUGGCAUGUAUUACUACUCUUAUCCCUGUGUCCUGGACCGGCCAUGUCAUCAUCAGGGAUUUCUACAACCCUCUGCUCAUCGACGCCCAGCGAAGGGAGCUCGGGGAGGCUCUUUACAUCGGCUGGGUGACCUCAGCUUUCCUUUUCACUGCCGGAGUGAUCCUGCUCUGCCGUCACGCUCCACGCACCCAGGAUUCAGAAGAGAGGAUUGUAUACAACCCUGGGGUAAAUCUCUACCAACCUGCAUAUGCGUACCAACCGUACAGCUAUCAGCCGGCAUACACCUACCAACCUGCCUACUCUGCACCCCCACCAGGAUCUGUAGCAUACACACCGAGUCACUACUAG